CACCACCACACUCUCUCCAACUUUCUUUCCUCUUCACUCUCUUUCUCUCCAUCCAAACGCCCAAGCUCCUCCUUUUAUCAACUAUCAAUCUUCCAGGGAAAAAGAAAAAAUUAAACAUGGAGGAUAUACAGCCGUUAGACGCUCAGUUAAACGGCGUCGUAGCUCCUCUCGCGGUGACUUCGUCGGAGACCGUUGCAGUUGGUCCAAAACGCCAGAGACGUCCCAGCGUCCGUUUAGGCGAUAUCGGCGGAGACCUAUCCUACGAUUCUCUUGCCCGAAGACCCUCCUCCUCUUCCGCCGCCACCAAGCAAUGGAAACACCUCUCAGCCGCCGCCGCCGGUACGAAAUCAUCCAAGACUCGCGUCCUCACCAAUCUCACCACUGACUUCAGUGAACCCCUCGAUGAUGAAACAGAAGCUAACAACAAUAACAGGAAUUUAGAUGGUGCUGCAAUCGGUAGCUGGAGAGUCAAAGAUUUCAACAAGCGGAGCUACGCCACUAAACGGGUCCGCUCGAAUUGGGUCCCCCAAACCAACGACUCCGACGGUGGAAACAUCAACGCCAACGGUAGCAAUAACAACACUAACAUCAAUAAUUUGGAAACAGAAGAAGAUAACGAUGAUUUCGACAUGGACAACUCGGAAAGUCCCAUGAAAGAGCAUAGUCCAGUUCAUUCUUUGGAUAACUUGGGUGGCCAUGGCAAUGAAAGGGAAGUCAUUUUUCAUGGGAGGUGUGAGGAAGAUGCGGUUAGGAUAUGGUUGAAUAGUUUGGGUUUAGGAAGGUAUGCCCCGGUUUUCGAGAUCCAUGAAGUGGAUGAUCAGGUUCUGCCACUGUUGACAUUGGAAGAUUUGAAAGAUAUGGGGAUAAAUGCAGUUGGUUCAAGAAGGAAAAUGUUUUGUGCAAUCCAGAAGCUUGGUGAAGGCUUUUCCUAACAUAUUUUAAAAUGAGCUUUAGUGUUUUUGAAAGGAGAAGCCAUGGCAAUGUAAGAGCUUAAGCCUUAUGUUUUACCCUUCUUUUCUUUUUGUUGUAGAAAACUAGGAGAAUCAAAUCAGUAGGGGUUUUUUGUUUGCAAUGUAAGAGCUUUUGUUAAGGUAGUGCUAAGCUAACUAUUGUAGAGAACUUCAAUGGGAGAAUAUAAGCUUUUAUUUUGGUUAAAGUGAUUUACAAAAUAAGACA